CAACCUUCAGUCAGCCAACUAAUAAAGAUAAUAAACUUUUGGAUAAGGAUAUAAAUUCCGAAGGUAAAAAAGGAGAAGCAAUAACCAUCAACAUUUUACCACCCGUUAUACAACCUAUAAAUACGUCUGGGCCUAUUACAUUACUUACACCCACCUUUAUUGAAUCCUUGAAAGACCAUGGAGAUAUAAAUUCUGAAGUGAAUCAAGAUGUUAAUGAUUCUAAAGCUAUCGAUGAUAUUAUAAUCGAAUCACUUGAUGCUGAUGGUAAUGAUAUGAAACUUAUGAAUGAUGAACGAAGUCAAGAAGUCGAAGUUUCGGAAUAUGAAGAUAUUACGUCUAAAUAUCCAUCUGAAGAUGAAGAAAUUGAAUCUCAAAUUGAACAGGAGGAUGAAGUUGAAUCAACCUGUGAUAUCGAUGAUGAAAAAUUAGUCUCAGAACUUCAUGCGAUUGAUGAAGAAAUCGAUGCCUUAUUAAAGAAUGAUAAUGACAUUGAGAAUAGUCCUCUUAAUGGCGAAGCAAUUACAAGUGUUGACCGUCAUGUUACUAACCAUAAUACUCUUGAAGCCAAUGACAUUCCUUCAGUUGUCAAGAAAACUAGCAAGUCUGAUGAUAAAUGU